AUGCGGCAUUUCAUUAAGAACACUGCACGGAAGUUGCGGCGGUUAGCCAAGUUGCUAGGUUGCCGCGAAGGCGAAAUUGCGGCUACAUCCUCUUCUGAAGAGGCGGAGAUUCCUGACGACACCAUUCUGAGUCAAAGCAUUAGUCGAGGCAAGAAGCAAGCCACACGGUCUGCGUACCAGUUGAAGCCGAGGGGCGAGGCUCCACACCGUUACACUCCGGAAGAUUAUGCGAACCGAGGAAAGAAGGCUGUGAUCGAGUCCGAUGAGGAGCCGCCGCGGAGAUCAUCUUUGAGGAGGAUGAGGAACGAUGAGCCGUCAUCUUCAGAGGAGCAGGAGGUGCAGCAGCAAGAAGAGCAACGGCAGCGGACGAAAAGGAAGGCCGUCCGGAAGCAGCCCGUGAGGAGGGGACGUCGAGGAGGAUAG